ACCCUCCCUGACAAGGUGUCACGAACACUCUAUGGAAAUUGGCAAGGAGUGAUCCCCACCUUAAUCAAACCUCUCCUCAAUUAUCUUGUGAGAACGGUUGGUCAGCCACUCAAGAAGUUACCUUCUAUCAUAUCUGCAUGCACAGUUAAUUCAUGUGCUCAAAAGCACUCAUCCAUCAUUUAUCUCUUUUUUGAUCAUAAGUGU